AUUUCCAUUUCUUCUGAAAGUGGAACCCGACAAAGGGUUUAAGGGUUCUUCCCUAUACCUCUCUCUCGCUCUCUCCCUCUCGUUCAUGGAGGGUUUAACACUCCAGCUCAAACCCUAAACCCUCUGUUUCAUACUCAAAUGGCACAAACCCCAUUCUCUCUCCUCCUCCUCAGACGACUCACUCUCUCCUCUCAAAACCCCAAACACCCUUUCCUCCCUUCUCUCCUAAAACCCUUCUCCACUUCCCAACCCUCCCCAUCCUUCUCUUCAGAGCCACCACCAAAACCAUCCUCCCUUUCCUCCCGCCUCAGCUUCGUCUUCGACCAAAUCGACGCCAUCGGCAAACAACAGCAGCAGAGCGUCUCCCAGAAGGACCAAACCCUCCAGCGCAUCCGGGCCUGGCGCCAAGACCGAAAACCCCAAACCGACCCACCACCCCAUUCAGAAUCAGAACCAUCACAGUUAGGGUUAGGCUUAGGGCUCAAUAGCAACGACGAGGAUGCUGCCAGUUCCAUGGUAAAGGAGGAGGAGGAGAAGAAGAAGAAGAAGAAGGCGAUGGUGGAGGUUGUUCACCCGUGGCCGGAGUGGAUUGAGCUGAUGGAGAGGUUGGUGGGGCAGAACUACUUUGAUCAUAGGAGGAAAGACGAGGACAGCUUGGUCCAAGAGCUGGGCUUCGAUGCGGCCGAGAUUCCGGCGGUGGAUGAUGAUCUGGGAAUCGAUUUUACCAAGGAUUACAAGGCGGUGCAGACGGCGUGCAUCAAUUUCGGGAAGGACCGGUUCGAUAUUCUGAGGUCCUUGUCGAGACAGGAUAUUCAAACUUUGGUUGGUUUUGGGUGCCCAAGUGUGGACAAGAAGGUGGUUUUCUCUGCAAAACUUUUGAGGAAGCGCGUCCAACUUGAUGAAGGAGAUGUUUGCAGUUCCUGCAGUUUGAGGAACUCCUGCGAAAGAGGAUAUUUGCUUACCAACAAAGAGGAUGAGGCACGGACUAUUGAUAUUAUGCGUGUCCUAUUGGCUUUUGGUUUUGACCCCGUGAACGGAUCAGUAGUCAAUAAGGCUCUUUUGAAACAAAAGUCUAUCAAAAAUGUUGUCCGUAAGGUGUUACAUGAGGUUGUCAAGUUGAGCUCAGUUCCAAUAGACCCCAAUCUUCCUCCCCCAGUAAUAAAAAAGCCCCCACCAAAAGUCAAGCAGGCUCCUCCCCCUCCAAGGAAACGAGUUGGACGUGACGAUGUUGAGAUGAAAAGAGGAGACUGGCUAUGUCCCAAGUGUGACUUCUUGAAUUUUGCAAAGAAUACCAUAUGCCUACAAUGUGAUGCCAAACGUCCAAAGAGACAGCUGCUUCCUGGAGAAUGGGAAUGCCCCGAGUGCAACUUCUUAAAUUAUAGGAGAAAUAUGGCAUGUUUUCAUUGUGAAUGCAAGCGCCCACCUGACGGAUUUAUGGAGAACAAGAUGCAAGAAAAUCAACGCGGUCCUAGAACAAGGUUGGAGAAGACUGCUCAGCGGCAAGAGGUUUCUAAUGCAUGGAAUUUUGAUUUUGAUGACAAUGAAUCAGAUGGGGCAGAUGUUGCUGCUUUUGAGUAUGCGGAUUCUUCUGUUAUGGCUGAAGAUUCUCCUUUAGAUAACCAGGCCCAUGGAGGAAAUUUCCGAGGGCCUGAAGACAAUUUUAGCAAAUCUAGCAGAGUGCCAAGGGCCCAGGAAAAAGAAUAUUCUGAUGGUGAUACUAACAGACCUGGGAUGGGGUUUGAUGAUUUUGAGGAUGAAGAAGAUAAUAUUGAUAGUUACGAGCUUGAAAUUCCUCAUAACAAUUCAGCACGGAAGGCUUCUUCAAAUGAUUUUUCUGAGGCUGAAGGGUACUCUGGAUCAGAAGAUUUUGAAAGCACUAAUAAUAAUGUGCCUGCUCGUGGCAGACCAAGUUCCCCAUCUUACAAUAAGCCUUCUAAAUCUAUGCGUGUAAAUGCUGCUUUCUCUGGCUCUGAGGAUGAUUUGGAUUCAGAUGAAGAUCUUUCAGUUCAUCCCAACUGGAAAUCUAGUCAUGUUGCUGAUUCUAGGCAGAGAGGUAGAGGUAGAGGUCAAGCAAGUCCAUCCAAGAGAUUAAGCUUUGGUUCUGAUGAGGAACUUGGCCUCUACUCUGAUGUGGAUGAUGAUUCAGAUGAGAAUUUCAGAUCCAGGCAAAAGAAUGGGAAUAAAUUGGGUUCUGGAAGGAGGGAUUUCCGGAGGAAAGGAAGUUCUGAUGUUGACGAUGGUCGCUUUUCUGGUCCAAAAUUUGACAAUGAUGAUAUGCGCUCUUCUAGAAAUAGAUUGAGAGGGAAUAAAGAAGAACCCGAUAGAAGACGAAACAAGUCUCAAGGUCGUGACGGUAAUAACUUCACAAGGGACACAAAAUUCAGAUCCGGUGGUAAGAUGGGUAGUAGAUGGAACACUUCCAAUGAUGAUUUUGAUGAACCAUCCCAAAGGUCUCGAGGUAGUAACCGAGGAUCUCAAAAGAGUCGUCAUGAUGGGGGGCGAAAGAGGGAUAGGGAUGGUGAUAUGUGGAACUUUAAGGAGCGUGGAAGAGGAGAUAGUUUUGGGAAGCAGCAGCGCGGAAGAGGAGAUAGUUUUGGGGAGCCGCAGCGUGGAAGAGGAGAUAGGGACAUGGACAGGGAUUCUGGUGAAUUUAAAAACAGUAGGCGUGUUGUAGUAAGAUAGAUGUGAACAAUGGGAUAAGCAGAAUCUCACUAAUUGAUUCUUCUAGCCUCUGACAGUUCCCAGUCACAAGAUCCAUAUUAGUGAAAGAAGCCAUAUUAAAAGAUUAGGAAGGAAAAAACAUGUUUGGUUUCCUAUCUGCCACCUCUGUAAAGUCAAUUAGCAGAUAUUUGUGCUUCUUUUAAAUUGGCCCGGGUAUCAGAUUGGUCUUCUCCUGC